AUGUCCAAACCAAACGACAUUGGCAGCUAUUUAACAUCACUCUUUUCGAGUAAACCCUCCACAGCUCAAGAUGCCAAGAAAACAAAACCACAAACAAAGAAGAAAACCAACUCCACGGCCGAUGUUUCCUCCGGAAGAAAUGCAACGACUUCCUUGCUCAAUCAACAUGAAUCAACAUCGGACAACAAUGCCAUGAUGGAUGAUGACAAUUAUAUCACGAUAGAUCGAACAAAUCAAGGAAAGACUUUGGUUGAAUUUGGUGAUUCGGAAAUUGAAGCACUUCCUUCCAUUGAGAGUGAGGUGAAAAUUGUGAAACCUACAAAAUCUGGUUCUGUCAAGUAUAUGUAUGACAAAUUGCACAAACAAUCAAAUGUGUUGCUCGAUCGAUUAGAAGAGGUUGGCUCUAAAAUUUUGGAAUAUUACGGAUUUGAGUCUUCCAAACCAUUGAACUAUUACUCUGAUCAACCAGAAAUAUAUAUUGGAAGAAUUUUAUCAGAAACCGUGGGUGGAGAUGACCAGUUAAAUUCUUCCUCGAUCUUAUUGGAAGGUUUAGCAAAUGCAGAAACAUCUGACUGCAAAAUUGUGAAAUUGAACUUUGAAAAAUUCUCUCUUGAAUCAUCAAAAGCUCAAACGUUAUUCCCUGGCCAAAUCGUUGCAGUGAAAGGGCUCAUGACUGUGCAAUUUUUGAGAGUUGAAAAGAUCUACACAGGAGCUCCUCUAUUUCAUGAGCCACAAGAAACACAAAAGACAGAUAACACAUCAAAUACUGAAAAGUCAAAACUUAAAAUUAUGGUUGCUUGUGGACCCUUCACACUUCGACACAAUAUUUUAUACAAUCCACUCAAAGACCUUGUCACACUUGUAGACGCAAUUGAACCAAAUGUGUUAAUAUUGGUUGGUCCUUUCCUGAGUGACGAUAAUGCUUUGGUGAGCUCUACCUUUUUGGAAGAAACGUUUGACGACGUUUUUGAGGAAAGAGUUUUUGAAAGACUACGAUCCAUUGAAACAAACUGUAAGGUAAUCUUAAUUCCCUCAUUGAAAGAUGUAAAUAGUGACUUUGUAUUUCCACAACCUCCACUCGAUGUCAUGACUGAUAACAAGAUACAGAGCCUUUCGAAUCCAUGUACCUUUACUGUAUCUGCCUCGUCUUGCAAUGUGAAAAUUGGAGUCACUUCCAUCGAUGUCAUCAAAGAUAUUAAGGAAAAGGAGUAUACUUUUGGCUACGUGGAGGAUCAGACGAAACAUUUUUACAAGUGUGUCCUCGAACAAGGAUACUAUUAUCCCAGAAUGCUUCCAACAGAAGAAAUACCCUUGGAUUAUUCACUUGCUCAUGGAACUAGAACUUCUCUCAAGAUUGAAGACUCUCCUGAUAUUUUGAUAUUACCCUCGGACCAAGUGGCUCAUUGUUGCACUGUGAUUGACCAUACACUUGUGAUCAAUCCAACCAGACUGUGUGGCAAUGAGAAUCGAAAAGAAGGUAGCUAUGCAAUCAUUGACGUUUCCAAUGACACCUCAUUGACACUGGACAAGAGAAUUCAUGUUCAAGUGGUUAACAUUUAG